UCACUGCUGGGGAGUUUCAGCUUUCCCUUUGGUUCUGUUACUGCCGCCCUCCCAUUCAUUACAUUUAUAGAAAUGCACUGAGGAUGAUCCCUGCUGCUGGUGCUGCUGGUGCCUCUAUAGAGCUGCUCUAAUAGAGGAGUGUGAAGUUCAGCAACAAAUUGCUGGGAGUGAUGUGGAUUCAGAUCAGCGGAGGGGAGUGAGUGGGACAGUUGCCGGUGGCACAUAGAGGCGGCUGUUUAUUAUCUGUCAAUUGGCUGAAGGGCUUAGCCCAGUUGCACUGGCAGUUUAGUGCCCACAGGAAUCCUGCCUGGGAAUCUCUUAUAUUAGAAACACUGAUCUCCUGGAGGGCUGUGCUGGAAUCAGGACACUGUGUAUUCUGGACCCUAUGCCAUUGGAUCUAAUGCAUUUGGAUGAUCACAGCAGCAGCAGCAUUUGCCUUCAAGCAACCUGAUUCCCUGUGUGCCAUGGAGAAGCUUCUACGUGUCCUUGUGCUGAUGGUUCCGCUCCUGUUUUCUGUCCAGGGUUUCCACCCAGAAUGCAGAAUCAAGCUGGUACUGAAGCAGCAGGAGAUGAACUGUAUGGCCAAGCUGAAAGCACAGGAAUCGGAAAUGUCAUCACAAAAAGGGUGCAUUGGCGUUUGGGAUAACAUCACAUGUUGGGAAACAGCUCUGCACGGAGAGAAUGUCACCCAGAACUGUCCCGUUGUGCUGCGGUACAUGAACGGGAAGCAAGGAAAUAUAAGCAGAACGUGCACACCGAGGGGCUGGACAGAAAUAUACCCGGACAUUUUUGAUGCCUGUGGAUACAAUGAAAAUGCAACAUUGGAGCCGGAUUUCUACAUUAUAGUAAAGGCAAUCUACACAUUUGGACACAGCGUUUCCCUGAUUGCUCUGACUGUAGGAAGCACCAUUCUCUGCCUGUUCAGGAAACUUCACUGUACACGGAAUUACAUUCAUCUGAAUCUGUUCAUCUCUUUCAUUUUGAAAGCCAUCUCUGUCUUAGUGAAGGACGACUUCCUCUUCUCCAACCCAAAUUCAUGUUCGGAAUCCUUGAUUGGCUGCAAAAUGAUAUUGGUAUUCCUGCAGUACUGUGUCAUGGCAAAUUUCUAUUGGCUAUUGGUUGAAGGUCUUUAUCUUCAGACACUUCUCGUGAUGAUAUUCUCUCCAAACAGGCAUUUCACAGUGUAUCUGCUGAUUGGAUGGGGCAUCCCUACCAUAUUCAUUAUUGUUUGGAUUAUCUCAAGGAUUUAUUUAGACGACACAGAAUGCUGGGAUACUAAUGAUCACAGUGUUCCAUGGUGGAUUAUACGUAUUCCCAUCAUCAUAUCCAUCACUCUAAAUUUCUGCCUUUUCAUUAACAUCAUUCGGAUUCUGAUACAGAAGCUGCGAUCGCCUGAUGUCGGGGGCAACGACCAAUCACAAUUCAAGAGACUUACUAAAUCGACACUUCUGCUCAUACCACUAUUUGGGGUUCACUACAUGGUCUUCACAGUUUUCCAUAUGCCAAGUUUCAGUGAAUGUCAGAUUUGGUUUGAAUUGUGUGUUGGAUCCUUUCAGGGACUGGUCGUGGUCAUUUUAUACUGUUUCUUGAACACAGAAGUGCAAGGAGAGCUAAAAAGAAAAUGGCGGAGCUGGGAUUAUAUCCGGUACAAGAAGCGAGAUAAGAGGAUGCACAGUUUCACUAUUUCUCACAAUGGCUCUGAGAGUGCUCCCCAGUUUCACAGGAACUCAAGGGCCCAGUCCAUCCUGCAGACAGAAACCACAGUCAUAUGAGCCCAGUAUCCUUCAAGGACAAUCAAUCAUUAAAGGCUAAAUGGCAUUUCUAUCCGCAGAGGGCCAAACUGACUCUGUAGAGACCAUCUUUAGCUCAGAUUUCCAGUGGACCUCUGUACAGAUGGGUGGGGAGGGUUAAUAUAAUGUUGCACUUCAAUGUUCUAUAGAUUUUUACCAUGCACUUUUGUAUCUAAAUUAUUAUACCUGUACCAGUAAAUCUCUUUUUUGUGUAGUGAGCUUUGUUGCUACUGAAAUCUCUUCUCUUUUUAUAAAGUCUUUUGUGGGUAAUAUGAAAA